AUUGAACGGAACAAAGUUGUUGUGAGAAAUAAAAUGUCUAGUGGUUUGCAAAAUAACGCGAGUUUAAAACUAUCCUGACAAAAUCUUUAACGUUUAAAAAAACUUGAGUAGAAUAUUAAAAAGCAAGAAGAAGAAAAAAUAGAGGAACGUUUCUGACGGGGUGUGUGAACGGCCAACGUCUUAAUAAAUAGACGAUGUUCCGACAUGUCGUGGUUGGGUUGACGUUUAUUAAUGUGAUUCUAACGACACCGACGUAUAAGUACUUACAAGGUAACACAUACGACUAUCAUAAAACAGAAAACGUUGAAGAUUACCUUCGCAAGAAUGAUUUUCGCGACUUCCAAAUUCCAGUGCCAAAACGAGACGAAUAUGAACCGCCAAGUGAUUCAUUUGAAAGUCGUGAAAUGAAAGAGGCUCUUGCUGACUUGCCAAAAAAUGGAGAACUGUUUGAAGGUGAUAUACAGAUGGACCAAAGAUUAAAAGAUGCUGUGUUGGGUGUCUCCAAGAAAUCGGCGUUGCGAUCGGAAAAUAUAUUGUGGCCCAACGGAGUUUUGUAUUACGUUAUCGAUAAAUCAUUUGUACCAAAAGCGAGGGAGCUUUUAGAAAAAGCCAUGGUCGAGUUUGAAAGGCGAACUUGCAUUACAUUUAAGAAGAGGACAACAGAACCAAAUUACGUCAUCUACACCUCCAAAAAAAAUAUAUGUUCUUCCAACAUUGGUCGAAUUGGUGGUCCACAGCAAAUCUUUAUUGGCGCUGGUUGUGUUGUGUUGGGUACAGUUGAACACGAAACAAUGCACAGUUUAGGUUUUAUACACGAACAUUCCAGACCUGAUCGUGAUUCAUACGUGAAAGUAAUGUGGGAUAACAUUGAAAAACGUGAAUGGUCAAAUUUCAACAAGUACACUGUGCAUGAUGUGAAGAACAUGAAUGUUGAUUACAACUAUGCGAGUGUGAUGCAUUAUAGAAAUGACGCGUUUACAAAAAAUGGAGAUGACACGUUAAUCGCACAGGAUGAACCAUCUUUAAAGUUUGGACAACGCAUCAAAUUUAGUGAAGGCGACAUCAAGGAAAUAAAUCUUUUGUACAAGUGUCCGCAAAAGGACGGAGCGUAUAAUGGAUUGUUUAAGUCCUAUUCUGGUCAGAAAAAAGACAUUAUCAGAAGAUUGAGAAAUGAUAAAAGAUUGUUUGAAGAAAUGCUAUAUUCUGAUAUUUGAAAAACCUCGAACUUUUUUCUAUUUUGCUUCAUAAUCAAUAAUUCUUGACUUGUUACAUUUAUUUAUUAACCUAACUGCUGGCGUCUUCAGUUGUUUUUUUCGAAAAAUUACACAUUGAUUCUUUUAA